AUGACCGCCCGCCCCCGCUCCCCCCGCGACCCGCAGGGCCUCCCGCACCCUGCGUUCGCCGACUUCCAGCUCUUCGACCCGCCCUGCACCCGCUCCCCGUCCACCUCCUCCUCACGCGCGACCCCGUCCGCGGCCGCGGCCGCGGCGUCCCGCGCCGCCAAGCCGCUGCUCUCCACGCCCCAGAAGCGGCUGAACCACAUCAUGUCCGAGCAGAAGCGCCGCAACGCGAUCCGCGAGGGCUACAUGCAGCUCACGACGCUCCUCGCCCCCGCGGGCGCGCCCCCCGGCUCGGGCAUGCCCACCCGCGGCCGGCCCAAGGGCAGCGGCAGCCGCGGGCGCGGGACGAAGGGCAAGAGCGGCAUCCUCUUCGCGCGCGCGAGGUUGUACUUUUAUUUUGGGGAGGACCACUGCCGCUUCUUGGUGACAUGCCGAUGCCGGGCGCAAACCCUGCGGCGAUGCAGGUGUGUGAAGCUUUCCGUAUUGCCGGAGGAGACACUUAUACAGUCGCUGACCUCUGGCAUCUCUGUCUACCCGUGGCUUCUCCACUAA